UCAUUGCAAUCCAGCUGUGCUGUGUAAACAGCUGUUGAACGACGGCCAUUUAUGUUAUUUUUUUUACGUAAAAAGUACAAGUUAUACAAAGAUGAAUCUUGCACGUAGUUUAAAAUCGAGUUUUAUUACAAAAACCAUAAAAUAUGGAAAUAUCAAUGGAAACUGCACAGCAUUAUUAACACAGUUGCGUCGAAAAAGUGCACAAGCAACUGCUGGAUCGGGUGCAGUUGACGAUGGCAAAAACGAUGCUCAACAAGAGUCGACUGAGGAACGUACAACACAUUUCGGUUUUCAACAGGUGAAAGAAAGUGAGAAGGAUAAGAAAGUACACAAGGUAUUUGAGGAGGUAGCCAGUUCCUACGAUCUAAUGAAUGAUGUUAUGUCCAUUGGUAUACAUCGCCUUUGGAAGGACAUUUUUAUGGAUCGUUUGGGUCCUUUGCACGGUACGCGUCUCUUGGAUAUGGCAGGCGGUACAGGCGAUAUUGCAUUUCGUUAUAUACGACAACUGCAAGCGAAGAAAAAUACAUUGAAACGCCAUAGCUAUUUAACUAUCUCUGACAUAAAUCAACACAUGUUGGAUGUAGGCAGAGAGCGUGCCAGACUCCAAGGACUCACCGAAGAAAAUCUGCCAGAUAUAAGCAUCAAAUGGCAACAAGCCGAUGCGGAGAAUUUACCAUUCGAAAAUGAUGCCUUCAAUGCAUACACAAUCGCAUUUGGCAUACGCAACUGUACGCACAUUGAUAAGGUACUGGCUGAGGCCUACCGCGUCUUGGAGCCAGGCGGACGUUUUAUGUGCUUGGAAUUCAGCCAUCUGACAAAUAAUGUAAUGCAGUGGAUGUACGAUAAAUAUUCAUUUCAGGUAAUACCGCCGAUGGGCCAAGUUUUGGCCGGACAAUGGAAACCAUAUCAAUACUUGGUUGAGAGCAUUAGGCAAUUUCCUAAUCAAGAGGAUUUCCAGAAAAUGAUUGAGGAUGCUGGCUUCGAGAUGGUGUAUUACGAAAAUUUAACCUUCGGCAUUGUGAGCAUACACUCAGGUUUUAAAUUACGUUAAAUAAAUAUUUAAGUUUACAUAUUUCACGAAUAAAAGUUGUUUUGUAAAUUUUA